GUUUAUUCUGGUACAAUAAUAUAUUUUGAAUAUUCCCAGGCUAAUAUUCUUUGACUAUAUAUUAAGUGUCGUGGUGAUACUGGCCUGGAUGAGUUAAAAUUUCUUCAGUACAACUGACCGAAUUAAAACAUGACAGAGUCUGAACAUUUGAGUCUAACCAUUAAAUGGAGUGGCACAGAGUAUGUCAUUGACGACAUUAAGCCAUCUUGGAGUGUGCUUCAAUUGAAACAACAAAUACAUAAACAAACAGGUGUUCUGCCUGAAAGACAGAAGCUGUUAGGUUUAAAAUAUAAAGGUAAAGUCCCAGGUGAUGAUGUCAAAGUUUCUAUGUUGUCUCUUAAACCAAAUGCAAAAGUUAUGAUGAUGGGCACAAGAGAAGAGAAUUUAGCUAGUGUCCUUCAUUCCUCAACUGAGACAGAUGGUGGUGAUGUUAUCAAUGAUUUUGAUAUUGAAGAAGAGGAAAUUCUUGUAGAAAACAGAGAUGAAUAUUUGGCUAAAAUUGCAAGGAGAGUUAAGGAAUAUCAGAUCAAAGUAUUGAACGAGCCUAGAGCUGGGAAAAAGCUGUUGGUAUUGGAUGUUGAUUACACGUUAUUUGAUCACCGGUCAUCUGCUGAGAAAGGAAUCGAGCUGAUGCGUCCAUACUUGCAUGAAUUCUUAACUUCAUGCUAUGAAGAUUAUGACAUAGUUAUUUGGUCUGCAACCAACAUGAAAUGGGUGGAAGCGAAGAUGAAGGAACUCUCCGUGUUGGACAAUGCCAACUACAAAAUAAUGUUCAUGCUAGACUCCCUCGCUAUGAUAACGGUUGACCAUCCAGAAUAUGGAGUUAUCGAGACAAAACCACUGGGUGUUAUAUGGGGAAAAUACCCCGACAACUACAGCAAAGACAACAGUAUAAUCAUCGAUGAUCUCAGACGAAAUUUCAUUAUGAAUCCUGCCAAUGGACUAAAGAUACGUCCGUUCCGAGAGGCUCACUUGAACAGAGAAACAGACAAGGAACUCAAAGGACUCACCAAAUAUCUUAAAGAAAUCUCACGUUUGAAGAAUUUCGAGGAACUUAAUCACAACAGAUGGGAGAAAUAUAAACCCGAUGAAAAGCACAGCUGAUGUUAUGACAAAUAAAUAAC